AUGGCCCGCACCGCAUAUGUGUUGUUUAGGUAUUUGCUGCAGCAGCCGUGUGUGCUGCAGCAGCAGCAGCAGCAGCAGCAGGAGCAGCAGCAGCAGGAGCAGCAGACGUUGGAGGAGCAGCAGAAGCAGCAAAAGGAUGAACUGGCAAUAAAAAUAAAAAAGGAGACAAAUGCACUUUUACUUAUACAUAUAAAGGAGACAGCUGAGUUGAGAGAAAAACAAAGAAACGAAGAGAAGCUGCUGCAGCGACAGCAGCAGCAGCAGAUCCUAAAGAGAAAAUACACGCUGCAGCAGCUGCAGCAGCAGCACAAGCAGCACGAUGAGGAGAUGCAUGCGCUGUGGAGACACCACAGACAGCAGCAGGAAAACAUUCUGCUGCUGCAGCGACAACAGAUGGAUGAUAUUGCUGCAGCAAAAAGACAGCAGCAGCAGCAGCAGCAGCAGCAGCAGCAGCAACUGCUGCUGCAGCAGCAGCACAAAUGUCAAACUGCAGCAGCAGAAAAAAAUAUAUUCCAGUAUUGUGUUGUUGCUCUUCCUGUUGAGAAGCUGCUGCAUCUUUUAGGUGUACUAAGACAAGCUGUUGCUGCUGCUGCUGCUGCUGCUGCUGCUGCUGCUUGCCCCGCCGCGCAGCAGCAGCAGCAGCAGCAGCAGCUGUCUCCUCUCCCCUUACCGUCUCUACAACUCCAUGAAGCAGCACGCUGGUGCUUCUUCGUGCAGCAGCAGCAGCAGCUGCAGCAGCAGCAGCUGCUGCUGUGCGGCCAGCAGUAG